AUGGAAGCAUCGUCCGGCGUUGAAUCGUCUUCAUUCGAUGUUUUCAACAGCCAACUUCAAGCUUCUGCACUGAAGGCAACCCGAAGUGCCGUAGGAUUACCCGUCGACAUCGCCUUCCACCGCUCCAUCGACCCCGCCUUCGCUAAGGACGUCGAUGCCUUCUCCUCACGCGUAUUAUUGCUAACGAACAAGCUAUUGAAUUUCGUUUCUACCGCGGACGAGUCGCAAAGAAGCAAGGGAAAAGGAAAAGCAAAGCUUCAAAACCAGGACGAUGUUGUUGACAAUUUUCAUUCCCUUGUCGUGGACUCCAUGGACCAACUACUGGAACGUACAGACAUCUGCUUGGAUGAGUUCCUUGGUCGGCACAAACCUCCCGCCAUCGCCAUCAACCCUCCAAUAGGAAAGACAGAAAAGCCCAGGAAGGAACCAAAACAACACACCUCACGGGGCUACUUGGACCCGGCUCUCCAACAUGCAUCGCACCUCCCCAAACCGCAAGUAAAAUUCAAACGGAAACCCGACAACAGCGAUGCACCGUGGUAUCCGACCAUUUCCCACAAAUUCAACGCAAAGGUUCCCCUGGGGCACGUCUAUCACGACGUUGGAUCGGACGGUGUCGUUGGGAAUCAUCCUUACCGUUACGAAAUCUCCCAUCUGAGCUACCCUCCAUAUCUUUUCAAGUCGUGCACGCCGCAACAGCCACCCUCUCUGGAAGAAACCAGCGCCAUCUGGAUAUCCACACCAGAUGAACUGCAAGCCAUGCUCGCAAAACUCAAAAAAGCGACUGAGAUCGCGGUGGACCUUGAGCACCACAGCUAUCGCUCGUACACUGGCUUCCUAUGCCUGAUGCAAAUAAGCGAUCGGGAAAACGAUUGGAUCGUGGACCUGUUGGCGUUGAGGGAUGAGAUUGAGCAGCUGAACGAGAUUUUCACCGAUCCUAAGAUCGUCAAGGUUCUUCACGGGGCUGAGAGUGACGUAGUAUGGCUUCAGCAAGACUUUAACGUCUACAUCGUCAACCUAUUCGAUACAUUCCAUGCAUCCAAACUUCUCGACUUCCCGCGCCACGGGCUAGCCAACCUCCUCGAGAUGUACUGUGAUUACAUCCCAGACAAACGAUAUCAACUAGCGGACUGGCGGAUACGACCUUUGCCCCAGGAAAUGCUAGACUACGCGCGAUCAGAUACACAUUUCCUCCUGUUUAUCUACGACAACCUCCGCAAUGCGCUCCUUGACCGUUCUCGGUCUCGGUCGUCGUCACCCUCGAGCUCCUCUCAAAAACCACAGCAUGCACUCCUCACUCAAGUGCUGACACGUUCUGCGGAGACCUCUUUGCGGGUGUAUGUCAAAGAGCCGUACGAUGCUGCGGACGGAUCAGGUCCUGGGGGAUGGGAUACCCUGGCCAAAAAGUGGAAUAAAGGGGCUCUUAUGGCCGGUGGGCCUGGAGUGGGUAUCGGUGCCAUGCAGAGGGAGGUCUAUGUUCGUGUUCACGGUUGGAGGGAGCGUGUGGCGAGAGAAGAGGACGAAAGCACGCGAUACACGAUGCCCAACCAAUACCUUUUCCAACUUGCCGAGCAGCCUCCCGCUGAUAUGGCGGCGCUGUUGGGUGUUUUCAAGUCCUCUGUGCCAGCCCUUGUGAGAAGGAGAGCGAAGGAGUUGUUAGAGGUGAUCAGGGAGGGCGUAAAACGGGGAUUGGAGGGUAAGCAAGUUGCGAAGGUGGAAGAAGAACCAAGUAAGACAGGGAGCGAGGUUGUUGCACCAGAUGCUGCAAGCAAGGAGAAGAUGGACGUAGAUUCGGUGCCUCCACAGGCUUCCUCGUCGCAAUCGUUCUGGGGGAAGGGUCAACCUUCAACAUCGUCAACAUCUGUUCCCUUGGCUCCCAAGUCCUCCCUCUUUGGCUCCACGAUACCUACCUCUCGCGUAUCCCAUGCUUCUUCAUACACAACGUCAACCAGCGCCUUGUUUGGCAAUAUGCUCGGAAGGCCAGGUUCUGGGCCUUCGUCACUGAAACAAUCUUACUCUGAGUCCCCUCAAUUCAAACAGCUUGUCGCAAGGAUCAACAGUACCAUGGUCAUUGUGCCUUCUAUGCCUACCAUUGCGGCUGAUCCUACCCCAUCAAGUAGCACAGGAGAAACCCAGGUCGAAGACAUCGACAUCCAUGCGGCUUCGGGGAUGCAGGUCGAGAUUCCCUACGUUCCUGCAGCACAGCGCCUGACGACGAUAGCACGGACCAAGGUGGAAGAGAAGGACACCAUUGUCAUGGUCGGUCAGCGGAAGCGGAAGCGGGCGAAGGGCGGUGGGAAAGCCAAGAUGGAGGUGGAGGACUCGCCAUCGCCAUCUAUCGACGGAAGCAAGGGAGUCUCAGAGACCAAUGCGGAACAAGCUCCCUUUGAUUUCUCUGCGGUCCCGAACAUAUUGGACGAUAACCCCGAUGCAGAGGAUAGGAAGAAGAAGAAGAAGAGGCAGAAGAAACAAAAUAAAGGCGGGACAUUCUAUGGUGACUUCCCAGCGCCUCCUAAAGCGCACAGUGAGCUGAAGAGUGGGAAUCAGUCGUAUACUUUCAAGUAG